AUGGCAUCUCCAUGGGCCAAUGUGCCCAGCCACGAGCAAUGCUUCGUUAUGGUGACAGGGGCGAACAGUGGCGUAGGAUUGGCCAUAUGCCAGCGUUUGAUGGACGACUUCCUGGCGACGCGCUCGCUCUCCUCCCACCUCAUCCUCAUCCCGACGACCCGAAGCGCCAAGAAGUCCUGCGAGACCAUCGAGAGCCUGCGAGCCUAUCUCACCAAGUCGGCCAAGUCGAAGAAGCUCGCGAACCGCUCCGGCGACGGAUACUACCCGCACUGGGUCACGGACCGGGUUCACAUCUUGUCUGCCGAGCUGGACCUCUGCAAGCUUCCCUCCAUAUACUCGGCGGCCGCCAAGCUCCUGAACGGCGAGCUUCGAGACCCCACGGGGGUGAUUGCGGGUGGAAACCCCCUUUCGAUACCAUGGCUAGAUGCCGUCGUCUGCAAUGCCGGCUACGGCGGGUGGUCAGGGCUGGACUGGCUCGGGGUUGCGAGCCAGGUCUUCAGCGUGGGCGUUAUGCAGUCGUUCACGUUUCCCUCGUUCAAGGUGGCACUGCCCAGUAGCAUUCUUCGACCUCAAGAAGUCGGCGGAGAAAAGGCGCAGGAAUCGCAGCCGGAAAUGGGGGAGGUGUUCACAGCGAAUACUUUUGGCCACUAUAUUCUAGUGCAUCAACUGAUCCCUCUCAUGUCCCGUGCGAGCACACCAGCCAGGGUCAUCUGGACGUCGACCGUGGAUGCGGAGGAACACCAUCUCGAUCUCGACGACUUGCAGGGUCUGCGGUCCCGAGCCGCCUAUGAGAGCAGCAAGCGCCUCACGGACAUGAUCAGCCUCUCCAGCAGCCUGCCCAGCGUGCAAAAGGUCUCGUCGUCGUAUUUCUCCUCGCCCUCGGGGGGUUCUAAACCACGCUUCUAUCUGACACACCCUGGAGUCGUCUGCACGCCGCUCUUCCCUCUGAACGCCUUCCUCUACUUCUGGUACUACCUGGCCAUGUACGUCUGCCGGUUCCUGGGAUCGCCCUGGCACACGGUCGAGACGUACGUCGCCGCCUGCUCGGCCGUGUGGCUGGCCCUGGCGCCGCAGGACGAGCUCGAGGCCGAGAACGCCGAGCGCGUGAAGUGGGGCUCGGCCUGCGACCGGUUCGGCAACGACGGCCCCAAGAAGAGUGAGGUCGAGGGAUGGGGCUGGGAGGGUAAGAUCGAGGACGCCGAAGCCAUACGGCAGGACCCCAGCGAGGGCAUCCGCAGGAAGCUGGUGGGCCGCAAGUGGGACGCCGUCGAGCUGACCCAGGAGAAGAGAUACAAGUUCGAGGAGGACGCCGUGGUCUGCUGGCGCCGGCUCGAGGAGCUGAGGACGCAGUGGGAAGAUAUCCUGGGGAGGGGCACCUACGAAGGCAGCGAGGCGAAGACAGCGGGGAAGCGGGAGGCUUAG